CCGGCCGCCGCCCACGCGCGCUCGCGCCUCGCAGGCCUCAGCCGCAGCCGCUCACGGCUUCGCGCCCUCGCCACCGCGAGCGCGCGCCGCGGACGCCGCAAGCGCCGCCAUCCGCCAGCGGUCGUCCUCCCUCGACGCCCCUUCUCACCGUCCCUCGCCGCCAGCAAGCCGCCUGCCCGACGGAUACCCGACGGGCACGGGCGCGCUGCCAUCCCUGCCCGGGCGCCGGCCGCAGCGAACGAAGACACGCCGCACGGGCGGCUGCGGCGGCGGCGGCGGCGGCGAGCGAUGGCAAUCGAGUGCCUCGUGCUAGGGGCGGGGCAGGAGGUGGGGAAGAGCUGCGUGGUGGCGACCAUCGGCGGGAAGCGCGUCAUGUUCGACUGCGGCAUGCACAUGGGCUACCACGACCGCCGCCACUACCCGGACUUCGCGCGCGCUCUCGCCGCCUGGGGCGUGCCUGACUUCACCAGCGCCCUCUCCUGCGUCGUCAUCACGCACUUCCACUUGGACCAUAUCGGGGCGCUGCCCUACUUCACCGAGGUCUGCGGGUACCACGGCCCCAUCUACAUGACGUAUCCUACAAAGGCAUUAGCUCCAUUUAUGCUGGAGGAUUAUCGGAAAGUAACAAUGGAUCAGAGAGGGCAGGAGGAGAAUUAUAGCUAUGAAGAUAUUCUGAGGUGCAUGAAGAAAGUCAUACCAUUGGACUUGAAGCAGACUGUUCAAGUAGAUAAAGACCUUGUGAUUCGUGCCUAUUAUGCUGGACAUGUUCUAGGGGCUGCCAUGAUUUAUGCAAAAGCUGGAGAUGCUGCUAUGGUCUACACCGGGGACUACAAUAUGACUGCAGAUAGACAUCUUGGGGCUGCCCAAAUUGAUCGUCUGAAAUUGGAUCUCUUGAUAACGGAAUCCACAUAUGCUAAAACUAUACGCGACUCAAAGCAUGCCAGAGAGAGGGAGUUCUUAAAAGCGGUACAUAAAUGUGUUUCUGGAGGGGGCAAAGUUCUUAUUCCUACAUUUGCUUUGGGAAGAGCUCAGGAGCUGUGUAUGUUACUAGAUGACUAUUGGGAGAGGAUGAACUUGACUAUUCCUAUUUACUUCUCAGCUGGUUUAACCAUUCAAGCUAACAUGUACUACAAGAUGCUUAUUGGAUGGACUAGCCAAAAGAUCAAGGAUAGCCAUGCAGUGCAUAACCCAUUUGACUUCAAGCAUGUUUGCCACUUUGAGCGUUCGUUCAUCAACAAUCCUGGUCCCUGUGUACUUUUUGCAACACCUGGUAUGAUUAGUGGUGGAUUUUCCCUUGAGGCGUUUAAGAAAUGGGCGCCAUCAGAGAAGAAUCUGAUUACACUUCCAGGAUAUUGUGUUGCUGGAACCGUUGGUCAUAAGUUGAUGUCUGGGAAACCUACGAGGAUUGAUUUAGACAAGGACACCCAUAUUGAUGUCAGAUGUCAGAUCCAUCAGCUAGCAUUCAGUCCGCACACAGAUUCCAAAGGGAUCAUGGAUCUGACAGAAUUUCUUUCCCCCAAACAUGUAAUUCUUGUGCAUGGUGAAAAGCCUCAGAUGGCUUUCUUGAAGGAGAGGAUUGAAUCCGAAUUGGGGAUGCCUUGCUUUUACCCAGCUAACAAUGAGUCCGUCUCCAUUCCGACAACCCACAAUCUCAAAAUGAGCACCACAGAAAGGUUCAUUACAAGCUGCGCUGCUGAGCAAGGUAAACAGAGCCUGCGGAAGCGGAACCUGAUUCAUGGUACUGGUACAUCAGAACUAAAUGCCAGUGAUGAGGGGGAGGCUGAGGGCGUUCUUUUGAUGGAGAGACACAAGGCUCCAAAAAUUGUGUGUGAGGAUGAACUUCUCCAGGUGCUGGGCAUGGAGCGGCAUCUUGUCCAGUUUGAAGCAAUGAGCUCCUCUAGGAUUGAAGCGGCUGUUGAAUCGGAGUUGAAGCGGGCCGAGGCAGCCGAUUUAUGUAGCGAGGGAAAAUGAGUAAAACUUUGCGUACUGUUUAUUUCUGAGAUGAGCCUUUUUGUAAUCAUUGGGAGGUGGUGGCAUACCACCAAAAUUAUAAUUUGAGUGGUAAGUUGGUAACAAUUUUGUUACCCCUCCCCAGGUAUGCCGUAUAGUUUUGUAGUAUCUCAUGCCAAGGAUGUGUCGUAUAUUAUCCCUAUAAUUUUAAAUCUGCGCCCCUAGUGCUCGAGCAACCUUAUUUA